AUGAUGUAGUCACUUUGAUCCUUGAUCCAAGCUCUCCACUAUCGUGAGGAUUUCUACAUUUGUGAGGGAAAAGAAAAGAGAGAAGGACAAAUGUGAAAUAAAAAAGAACAAUAGGUCAUUUUCUUAUUUGAAUUUAGAUUAUUUGAAAUGUGAGGGUUUCCACAUUUGUGUUUUUUUGUUUGAGUCAGAUCUAGAUUAUCUAACCUAAAUCUUAAUACAUUCUCCAACACUAGUUAGAUUAUCCACUUUAUACACAAUUAAAAACUGUUGCAGAAAAAUGUAGAGAUCUAUGUUCAAUAUUGCCCUUGCAAAUGUAGAUUUUAUUCUUAAUAUAUUCACCUCUUUUAAUUAUAAUUCCAUCUGGGCUUUUAUGCGUUAGUUCACUUGGUUUAUGGGUGCCUUUUUUUUACAAUCUAAUAUGUAGUUCAUAUAUAUGUGCAUUCCAGAGUAUUCACCUAAUUGAAUAUAUUUUUAUGGACCACAUUCUUAAAAGAUUUGAAUUAUUUCAUAUUAGAAUUUAAAAAAUCACUAUACUUUCCUAUAUCUAAGGGAAUGUAAUAUGAUUGAAUUUAUCUUCAGAAGAUACAUUUUCCAACUUUUAAUAUACUACUAUUUUCAUGAUUUUACGAAUUAA